UCGGCUCGGCCUGCGGCGCCUGCCUUUGCCAUAAUAACCUACAAGUUACAACAAUGUUAAUAGUAUUUACUUUAUAUUUACUAAAUACAAGUUACAUGUUAUAUGAGAUAUUUUGUACAUAAAUAUGCUCUCGUUAGAGUAAUAGUCUUCUGUGCAUAUGCUACCAUAACAGGGUUAAUGACUAAUUGUAAAUUAUAAUAAUUAAGUACCUAUGAGUUUCAUAAAAAAUUUAAGAACAAUAAAUAAACAUGUUACAUGCUUAAUUUUUAUUAAUACAGGACCUGUCUAAUUAAGUAAAGGGUUCAAUAUUAAAAAUGAUUGCGUGUAAGGUUUAUAGCAGAGUAACGAAUUAUAGAAGAAUAGCAAAAUAUGAGUGUUUGGCUUGUUGGAGAAAUAAAAGUACCGUUGAACCCAAAACAGCAAAAACAUAUUCACACACAAUUCUAUUUCCAAAUACAAAGUUUCCAUCUCGACCUUCUCAAAAUGAAUGUAAUAUACAAAAGUCGGCAAGGUUUUCUGAGCUAUACAAAUGGCAACAGGAGAAUCUAGUAGGACAGGAAUUUGUUUUACAUGAUGGUCCACCAUAUGCAAAUGGUGAAUUACAUAUGGGACAUGCAGUUAAUAAGAUUAUUAAAGAUAUAAACAAUAGAAGCCAAGUAUUACAAGGGAAUAGAGUUCAUUAUGUGCCAGGUUGGGAUUGCCAUGGCCUACCUAUUGAAUUAAAAGCGUUGCAGAAAGCAAAGAAAAUGUCAAACAAUAAUGAACCUACAGAUCCAGUACAUACAAGACAAAUUGCUCGAGCAUUUGCAUUAGAAACAGUGCAGAAACAAAAGGAAGUAUUUCAGAGUUGGGGUGUAAUGGCUGAUUGGAAUGAACAAUACUAUUUAACGUUAGAUAAGAAGUAUGUACAGAAUCAGUUGCAACAGUUCUAUAAAAUGUACAAGGAUGGUUUGAUUUAUCGGGCUUUGAAGCCAGUGUACUGGUCUCCAUCAUCUAGAACAGCCCUUGCAGAAGCUGAGCUGGAAUAUGAUCAUCAGUUUAAAAGCAAGGAGGUAUACGUGGCCUUUGAUAUGGAAAACUUGCCGACAACUGUUCGCAACACUGCUAAGGGCAAACGAGUGGCAGCAUUAAUUUGGACCACUACGCCGUGGACUUUAGUGGCCAAUAGAGCUAUAUCAUACAACUCAAACAUGACAUAUUGUCUAGUAAGGCUCAGUAGAAGGCCGGAGCUGUUCAUAAUUGCCAAAGACCAGAUCUGUGAUUUGAGAGAUAUACUGAAAGAUGAUAUUGCUGUUAUUAGUGAAUUCAAUGGUAAAGAGUUACAGGAAGGCACAUACAGGAAUAAGUUGAUAGAUGAAAGCUUGCCGUUUUUGGAUGCGGAACAUGUGACAAGAGGGAAAGGAACGGGCCUGGUUCAUACUGCGCCGGCGCAUGGACCAGACGACUUUUUAGUUGCGAUAAGAAAUAAUAUGAAAGUUGAAUGCAAUGUGGAUGAAUUAGGCUGUUAUACCAAAAUGGGACCCGAAUAUGAUGGUCUAUUUGUCCUUGGUGAAGGACAGAACAGAGUUAUAGAGGCCCUUGGCGAAUCAGUCGUGCACGAGGGAAUUUAUGUUCACUCGUAUCCGUUAGAUUGGAGAACUAAGAAGCCAGUUAUAGUACGAGCGAGCUAUCAGUGGUUUAUCGAUACAGCUGCGUUGAAAGAUAAGGCUUUGAAAGCCCUAGAUGGCGUGCAGUUCCUACCGCCGACUAUAGCCAGCCAAUCACGUGAGAGUUUCAAAUCUCAGCUGGAGAAGCGACCCUAUUGGUGUAUAUCAAGACAACGGGCCUGGGGCGUUCCAAUACCUGCGCUGUAUGAUGGAAACAAUGUCAUUGUGGACGAGUUAAUUAUAACGAGGCUUUGUGAGUUAAUUGAAAAAAAAGGUACAGAUGUUUGGUGGACGUGCAACGUUAGAGAUAUUGUGUCAAAACAAACACUGGAUAAAUAUAAUCUGGACGUAGACCAAGUGUCUAAAGGGAAGGAUAUAAUGGACAUCUGGUUGGACUCAGGGCUCUCGUGGCAGACCCUCGAGGGUAGGAAGUCCAGAAUAUAUUCGGAGGGGUUGGACCAGCUCACAGGAUGGUUCCAGUCCUCCCUCCUCACUUCCAUAGCGUUGAAUGGAGACUCGCCUUAUGAAUCUAUAUUCGUUCACGGCUUCGUGGUGGACGAGAAGAAGCGUAAAAUGUCAAAGUCAAUUGGCAACGUUGUGGACCCGAUUUCCGUCAUACACGGUGAUAAGAAGUUCCCUGCGUUUGGCGUGGACACACUCAGAUGGUUGGUAGCAAGUCACGGUACCCAACACUCGCAAAUCAUCGUCAGCAAGAAACUUUUAGAGGAAUGCCAAACCGAAGUUGUCAAGAUAAGGCAUCUGAUGAAGUACCUUCUCGGUGUUGUUGGUGACCUGGAUGAAGACGAUUUUAAUAAAAAACCAAUGCUCAAUUAUUUUGACCAGUACAUAGUCGAUGAAACCAAUCGUUUUCUAAAUCAAUUAAAUGGUCAUUAUAAUAAUUUCCGAUAUAACCAUGCAGCUCAAUCAAUUUUAUAUUUCAUCAGUAAUAAAGUUUCAGCACUGUAUUGCCAUUGCGUAAAAGAUAGACUGUAUUGCUCGCGAAAAAACUCCAACGAACGCAUCUCGGCGCAGUUGGUAAUUCACACGGUUAUGGCAACACUGUGUAAAGCUAUUGCUCCUAUUUUACCUCAUCUAGUCGAAGAAGCCUGGCAACACCAUCCACUUUACAACGAACCGUUUCAUUUUACUCGAAACUUGUUACUUUUGCCGCCAAAAUGUGUCGAUGUGUCUGUUAUGGACGCCAUUUUGAAUUUAAAGAAGGAUGUCUAUGUGUUGGCUAAAAAUGUUAAUUUGAAGAAACAUGAGCUGAUUUUGAAUUUGACGAGUGAAUUGUUGCCCAAGUUUGAUGAGUUGAAUCAAUCAAAUGAAGGAUACGAUGGAGUGCUUCGUGAGAUUUUGGAAGUGGCAUCAGUCAGUUUGGGGGAGAUUAGGAAUAGUAAGAACAGUUGGGAUAUUUCAUUGGUGUUGUCUAAUAAGGGCCAAUGUCCGAGAUGUAGGAAGUAUAGCAUAUUAGAUACAAGUGAAAUGUGCUUGAGAUGUAGUAGUGUUGUCUCGUCUUUGUAAAUAGUACCGCAUAGUAGUUGAAAUUAACUUUAGGCUUACACAAAAAGCGAAUUGUUGAGAUUAUGCUGCGUCCUGCCCAAUACUUGAUUUUGCGCUCGUCACUUUAAGACUAAAAUAUCCUUGGUCGAAUUUUUAAGAAGGUACGAAACUUGAACAAAAAAAACUAAUAGGACAUCUGGAUUCGAACCGGGGUCUUCUGCUUUCCGGAUCACCCAAUGUCCCAUUUGAGCUAUUACAGUCUUGUAUAUUGUGGCGAAAUGUACCUUUGUAUUCUAAUGUUAUUGUAUCUGUUUCUCAUUAAAACAUGUAUAAAACUACAUUUUUAAAUUGAAACCUAGCUAUCGAUUCAUCGCCCCCGUAUACUAAAUUUUAAGAAAAUCGAUGGAGCCGUUUCCGAGAUUCAGAUUAUAUAUAUAAGAAUUGCUCGUUUAAGGAUAUAAGAUUAAGUCUCAUAGGCCCUGUCAUUUACGGCGCCCUUCAAAUCGAAAUACAGUAAUGCUGGCAUAUUACUGGUUGACCUGUUUCUCACUUGCUUGACUGGUAAAAAUAUUAAAUACCUAUCUUUAACCCAAUCUCCAACAAAAACUAUAUCGGCCAUCCUUUAAGGCAGCAGCGGUACUACCAAGCACGGACUGAUAAUAAUAGAUUUGUUUAAUACAAAAAUAGAUGGCACGUAGUUAUCUCGAAGUUAAUAAGCCUCUAGGCGCCCAUAUAGAUUAAUGCCUUCGACUAUAUUAAACGCACCACAAUAUAACUCAGUCAAUGUGAGACUUAUGAUAUUGACAAUAACUAAUAUUAAAUAAAAUAAAAGUCCACUGUAAACAAAUAAUAAUUAUAUCUGGACUGGCUGGGUUCCAUCAUAAUAGCUGUUACAGUUAAGGUUUAAGUCAGAUGUAACGUUAACAAUAACGACUGCGGAAUGUGUUGCACCAUCGUAUUCCAUGGCGUUGUUAAAGUUAAAAGAAAAUAUCAAGUCAAUAUCGAAUAUUUAUUUGAAACUUUAGUCGUUAUUUACAUAUUUAACAUUAAGAAUAGCUUUAACCGGCAAAGAUUGGUCGGUUACGGUUAACAGUUAAAGUUAUGACGUCAUCUAAAAAUUGUCAAAUGGUGCGUACCCAUUUUUGCUUGACCGGUACUUUAACAUGUUUGUUAUUGCUAAAAUUUGUUGGUGCAACCUGGCAUUAUCGUCGUGAUAGUUCAUAUAAAAAUAUAUUUUUUGUAUAUAACUAACCGAGGCUGUAAAUUCAAAUUCAAAUAUUUUUAUUCAAAAUAGGAUGUGACAUCACUUAUUGAAAGUCAAAAAACUACCACCCAUUCCAAAAUGGGCGCAACAAAUUCAGCGGGCUAUUUUUUUCCUCGAAAAAAAUAUGUUUAUAAAUAAUAUUGUACAAUUAAACCUAACCUUAUUAUUUAAUAGCCUGAGGUCACUCCAUUCCCAAUCUGUGGUAUUAUUAAGAAUGUCAUUUAUGUUAUAGUAACCUUUACCACACAAAUGUUUUUUAACAAUUCUUUUGAAUAACGUAAUACUUUUGUUUUGAACAUUUUCUGGGAUCUUGUUGUAAAAGCAUAUACAUCGCCCCACAAAAGACUUACUAACUCGACUUAGCCGAGUAGUAGGCACCAUAAGUUUAUGUCUGUUCCUAGUGUUAACAUUAUGGUUAUGACAGUUUCUGGCAAAUUCACUUAUGUGCCUAUGAACAUACAUUACAUUAUCAAGAAUAUAUUGAGAAGCAACAGUCAAGAUGUUAAUUUCUUUGAAUUUUGCUCUCAAUAAUUCUUUAGGACCAAGGUUAUAUGUAAAAAGGAUACAUGGUAUCAAAAAUCAGAUGAGAAACGCAUUGGCUAUAUAGACUAUAGAAUUAUUAUAAUUAUUAAUGCUUUACCGACUGAAGGACAAGUAGGUACCUAUACAUUGUUACGCAAUUAAUUAAAAUAAUAAAAAUUAUUUAAUAAUAAUUUUAAGGGAUUUUUCAUAGAAAUUCUUUUCAUAAUUUCAAUUCAAUUCAUUAUUAUAGAUAUUGUAAAUUAACUUUGUUAUUUUUCUUAAGUAACUACGCUUUUUUCAUUAAAAAAUGCAAUGUGAGUUUCAGUGUUAUUUGAAGAGGGAACGAUAGGUCAUAUCAUCGCUUAGGUACCUACAUGCUUUUAUAAUUAUUGUGUAAGUACCUACACACUUUUGCCUGUUUCGCCGGUUAUCGUUAGUUACCUAUUACUGAAGAGUAUUUUUAUGAGAUAAUAUGUAAAAAAUCAUAUGUUAAAUACAUUGGAAUUAAAUUAUAAAAAACUAUG